UCUAGAAUCGGUGCGAGCAGGAAUAUUUUUUCUUCUUGCAACUAUUUUUGCAUCUGACAUUUAAAUCCGGGUUGUUAUUUUAACGUUAUACUGUGUAAAACGAUGCAUUGUUAUUGCUGAAAGGUCUGCACAAAGGUUUUUGCACUUUUUUUUCCUGGAGGUGCUGUAGCUGCGGGGAAACUUGGGGGAAAAAAGGGAAUUUUGCACUUUUAGCGAAGGAAAACCUACUUUUUUUUAAUCAUAAGGAACAAACAACAGGAUACCUCAGGAGUUUUCCUCUCUAUCUCUGCAGGAACAUUAUGGGAAUAUUGGAGUGAUUUUUUUUUUCCUUUGAGGCGGAGGGGGUUUGCCGGUUAUUUUCCCACAUACAGAGCGGAGCUGAUCGCAGGGCAGAGGGGAGCUAAAUGCGGCUGACUGGCAGCGACCCUGCACCGGGAACCAUGAACAGCAACAGCGGGUCUGGUAACUUCCUGCUGGUCCCCAUACCGGAGUAUCCCCUGCUGGACUGUGUGCCCAACAAGACGGUGAAGAUCGUGGUGCUGGGAGCGAGCAACGUCGGGAAAACAGCUCUGAUCGUCAGGUUUCUGACCAAGAGGUUUAUUGGCGAUUAUGAAGCAAAUACUGGAGCGCUCUACUCCAGAAAGGUCACACUGGAGGGGGAGGAAGUGUCGCUUCAGAUCCAGGACACUCCCUGCGUCGCUCUGCAGGAUGAUGCUGAAGGCCUGUACUGCCAGGAGCAGAUCAACAGAUCAAUCUACUGGGCCGACGGCUACGUGCUGGUUUUCUCCAUCACCGACCACAACAGCUACCGCACCAUCCAGCCGCUGUACCAGCACGUCAGACGCAUCCACCCCUCUGGAAAUAUCCCCGUUAUACUGGUUGGCAACAAGAGCGACCUGCUCAGAGCUCGACAAGUGCCGGCAGACGAAGGCGAGACGUUAGCUGCUUCACUAGGAGGAGUUUACUUUGAGGCCUCGGCCAGAGAGAACCACGAGGGAGUCCACACCGCCUUCCUACAUCUCUGUCAGGAGGUGAUCCGGGCACUGGGAGGAGGGAACGGGGAGAAACGGAGAGGAGGCCUCCACUUAGCCAGACCCAAAUCUCCCAACAUGCAGGAGCUGAAGAGGAGGUUCAGGCAGGUCCUCUCCUCCAAAGUCAAGUCCUCCACCACUCUCUGAUCGCAGGACGGGACCAAGAAUAUCACGGCAAAGAUCGGAGCUUCCACGGAAAUGAAAAGAUUCUUCUUAAACGGAAGAUAGCUGAAGAUAUCAACGAGUUUAAAGCUUCUGUGCUGAUCAAAGCAAUUGAGCGUUGGAUAAAGACUGAAUGGAGCUUUUGUUGCAAACGGAGCUCGUCAACAUGACCUCUUCCUCUCUGGAUGCUGCUCAAAGUGAACAUGCCACAGACUGCUGAACAAACAGAAACUCGGCAUGUUUACCAUCGAGGACAGUGAGCGUGUCGGUAAAACGUCACUUUAAACUAAAUGCACGCCUCAGUUUUCUUGAGGCUGGAGAAUCUCUCUAAAAACAUCAGGAUAAAAGGGAAUUUAAUGCAACAAACUAUUAAAAAGUGGGGGAAAACCCUGCUGUUUCUAAUGAUAAAUCAUACAGCACAGAGCCUCAUUUUAACCUCAACCUUUUAUUUUGGUUUUAAUUAAGAUUUCUCAACCAUUAAAUGAUGCUCGAAAGACUGUUUUUUCCCCCAUUUGGUUCAAGGCUGUUAAACCAUGUGAGAACAAAUUUCAACUUUGCUGAAACCAAAUAAACAAAGAUGCGAGUCUCUGUCCUCUCUGUUGCAGACUUAUUAAGAAAAUGAUUCGCAACCAAAACAGAAAUGACCCCAAAAUGCAAGAGUUCAAG